GUGAACACAAAUUCAAAUCGAAUUCUUACAAAAACUGUUUAAAAUUUACAACAAUUUGUAAUGACACAUCCAAAACGUGAUAAGUUAGGUUCCAACAAUAAGGAUACACGAUGGGACCGUAUACGCAAAAGACAUUGCAGUAAUAUUUCAACAAAUUUAAAAUCAGAUGCUGUUAAAAAGUUCAUAGAAAUUGAUUAUGUAGGAAGACACCAGCAAAAUAUACUGAAUGGCGACAAUCGUAUGGAAUCGAAUCUGGAUCCUGUCUUAGUAAUGAAUCUAAGACAUGAAAUGUUUAAAAGGAUACCACGUAAACUGCCCCUAGCAACGGUUGCCUACUCUAAGAAUUUGCAACAAUGCAAGGACCACAAUAUUGCUGUCGAAGAUCAUUAUAUUCAGAAUCAGUUAAAUCAAUUUCGUAUGCAUCUGCAAAAACAACACAAGCAGAACAAAAUGCCUGUAAAAAAAUUGCACUCUUUGCUAAUCGAUAAUACGGAUAUAAUAAAAAGUUUGGAGUCAACUCAUAAGCAUAUAGAGGAUUUUUACAACACUCCCAUAGAUGCUUUGCAGGAGGUACAUGACUUAUUUACUGGUGAAUUGGAAAAACAUGUCAAUUUGUUAAAAAAUGAAAACUCGAUCGAAAACAAAACGAAAGUGUUUGAAAAUAGUUAUUUACAAAAUGAUUUGGAGAAUUAUAUGGAAAAUGAUAAGCACAUAGUAGAUGUGGAAGUAGUAAAACCUUUAGAAGAACAAAAUCAAAUAUUAGUAAUUGAAGGCCCAGGGAGUGGUGAUCAUCUAAAACCGGAAGAAAAUGUUUUAGAUUUUAUGGCCGAGCGAAUGAAUGAAUUAAAUUUGAACAAUGAAAUAUACGAUUUACAUUCUCAAUCAAACCAUGAUGAAAAUUGUCAACGAACUCCCAGUCCCUUGGCAGAUACAGAUGAGGUUUUAAAGCCCUUAAGAGAGGUAAUAGAAGAACAAAGUGCUCUUAACUUAAGAUGUGUAAGAUUUGAUGAUGACACUAACGCGUGUCAGCUUAAAAGAGAAUCUUCGAUAUGCUCAAAUACCAGUGAUGGUAUCGAUUCUGUAAUAUCUGAUUUGGCUGAAGAAGCCUUGAAAGAACUACAAAUGGAGGAAGAGGUAAAACUAAUUGGCAUUUUGGAGGAAAACAAUUCAGAUGCAACUGAAACUAAUCAGAAUUUAACUUUAAAUGGAUGUUCUCUACAUAUGGGUAGUGGAGACUAUAAUGAUUUAGUAGUUACCGGUAAAUUAGCGCAUUAUGUCAAACCUCCUUUACAAGAAAGUGGAGAAAUAUCACUUUCUAUUUGCUCUUCUGAGGAAGCUGAAGACUACACAUAUUCAAACAGGGAAAAAUCGAAAAUCAUAGAUCAAUUAUUUCAAUCUCGAGCUCACAACAACACAUCUAUAAUGCGUAAAUAUUUUCUUAAAUGGGUCCAUUACACUACAAUUGAAAAAAUCGAGAUGGAACACGUAGAUGGUAGAGCUGAUCGUGUUAAAAAGAUAAACAUAUUCUUGGAUAAAAUACGUAUUGAAAAAACUCGUUUGAAAAAUUGUCAGAAAAAUACAGAAAGUGAGACAGGAUUUGAGAAUGACCAUAAGAAAAACGUGGAGAAAAAAGCCACCAUGGAGAAUAUCAAAGUAAAUAAAAAAUACCAAAACAAAAUAAAAGUUCAACAAGAUAUUAUUGAUUUGCAACGGCUAAAGUUGGAGCGACAGGAACGUAUAAUUAUGGAAUUAAAACUUCACAAAUUGUCUGAGGAAGCUAAAGAGGCUCGCCAAGAAUUGAAAAAUGAAUUAAAAUCCGUAAUACGUUCGGGCGAUCCCAAAUCCAGGGCUAAAGCCAAAUGUCUGCAAUUAAUAGGUAAUCUAAAAGACGAGGAGGAUGAUAAUUUGAAUAAACUGCAAGGUAAAGCUUUUUUGAUGCCUAAAUUCUUACAAAAUAUGCAAGAAAGGGCCUUAGAAAGAAGUAUACGUCAUGAACAAGCCAAACAGAGACGGUUGCAGCUGGAUGCCGAAAGAGAGGCUCAUAAAUUAGCUUUAGAGGAAGCCAAGCGUCUUGAGGAUGAAGAAGCUAAACGUCUACGCAUUGAAGCCUUAAAGGAAAAACGUCGCCAAGAGAAAAUGGCUAAAAUUAUUAAAGAACGUGAGCGACAAAAAUAUAUGGAAAAUCAAAGUAAAGCCCAUGAAUUCUAUAAACGCAACUUACUUAAACGCAUUGGCAUGGAGGGUUUCAAACGUCUAUUGCAGCGCAAAAGAGACAAUAUUAAAAAAUGUGAAGAACUUCGUUGCUCUUUAUAUAAGAAAACUUAUUUUCAAGCCUGGUUUAGUCUAUAUCGCAUACAUAAAGCCAGACGCAAUCAAAAGGCCGAUGAGUUAUACGAGAAAAUCUUAACACGCAAAUACCUACAGAUUUGGUUGCAGUACGUCUACGAAGAACGUAGUAAAUUUAAUGUAGCCGUAGACUACAAUGAAUUCAAACUAACCGAAAUAAUUUUCCGACAAUGGUGGGCAUAUACAAAACGAAUGCAAAUGGUUGAGGAGACUAAAAUGAAACAGGCCAUAUCGCAUCAUGAAUGGCAUCUAAAAUGGAAGGUAUUGGAUUGUUGGCAAAGACUACCGCAAAUUUUGAAGCUCGAAAAAGAGACCGAAGAAAGACGACAAAGAUGGCGCCUCAAAAUAUGGGAACUUUUACCCGAUUAUACACCAAACAGAGAUGAAUUGAAUUUUAUGUAAACACAUUAUUUAAACAUUUUCAGAAUUACUUAAUAAACUAAUUUUUAUAACAGAUUUUUAAAUUAAUGUAA